AUGGGAGGCCAUCCUGGGAUACGUAGUAAAACCCUGCCUAUUACCUGUGUUAUAUUUGAAGAAAAUGUUGAACAUGUGGAUGCAGUAGGCAAUGAUAAAACACUACUAAAAUAUAAAUGCCAUACAAUGAAGAAGUUCAGCAUGACAAGAACUCUUCUGACAGAAAAGAAGGAAGAAGAAAAUACAGGUGGAGUAGAAUGGCUGCAAAUGAAAGAAAAUGACUUCUCCUAUAGACCCAACAUGAUCUGUAGUUUUGUACAUGAAAAUGAAGAUGAAGUUUUAGUUCCAGCCCCUGAAAAACCUUUGGAUUUGGAAGAGCAAGAGAUUCAAAUAAAAGACAGUUCAAAUUUGAUCUAUGAACAGGAAAAACAAAUGCACCUGGAGCCUGGCCCUCUUGCUGGCACUCCUUCUGAAAUGGAAGGUUCUAUUUUUAUGGAUACUCAAGAUGAUGCCUUAGAAAUCACUCCUCGAUAAAAAUAUUUCUCAUAAUA